GUUCACUUGCUUUGACGGCCAGUCACUACUUGACGUCAAGUGCAUCACAAUUCGAGAUUCAUUCAAAUGGCAAGCGUGGAUUAGGGUGUGGAGUGAUAGGUAGGGUCCGUAUUCAGGUGCGUGGCGUCUUGGAUGCGAUGCGCUAGCAUCAAGCAGGGACUUCUUCUAGCUGUUGUAAAUGUUUCCGAGCUGGGUCCUGCUUCCGUCUGGGUUGAGGAGGUCCUUGGGGUCCGCACCGUUGGGGUUGUAGCGAGUCAGAGUAGCAUACCUCUCGACGUUGCCGUUGCCCUCGAGGUAGCCAAUGACGGCGUUGAAAAAGUCAGGACCGGCUUGGUUGGCAUUCUGGUCCUGGCCGAACUCGUCGAUCCAGACUGGGUGGUACUUGGAGGUGAAGCCGUCGACUUGUUGACGGAUGAUGCCGUCGUUGGGACCGUAAGGGUGGAAGCUGUGGGAAGGCAAGGCGAGCCGAAAGGUGAGUGCGGAUGAUUGCAAGCGAGAUGGGGAAACCCGAUGAUGGUCUUUUGACUCACCCGUAAGCGUCGAAGGUGCAGCCCUGGCAAGCAGCGACG